GCGUAUAAAAACCCUGACCAGCUGGUGCUGAUCACUGCAUUCAGCAACAACCAACUACAAGCAACAUGAGUCUUAAUACUACAGACAAAGAGGUGAUCAACAGCUUCUGGAAGAAGGCGUCCAGCAGGGUUGAUGAAAUCGGUGCCGAUGCUCUGGGCAGGAUGCUGAUGGUCUACCCUCAGACCAAGACUUACUUUUCCCACUGGAAGGACCUGAGCCCCACCUCUAAGUCUGUGAGGGAACACGGAAAGCUCAUUAUGGCUGGAGUUGUACUAGCAGUGACCAAAAUGGAUGAUCUGACUAAUGGGCUUCUUGACCUCAGUGAGCUGCAUGCCUACAAACUUCGAGUGGAUCCUGCUAACUUCAAGAUUCUUGCUCACUGCAUCAUGGUGGUCCUCGCCAUGAUGUACCCUACAGACUUCACUCCAGAGGUCCAUGUGUCUUUUGACAAGUUCAUGGCUGCUGUGGCUCGUGGCCUGUCUGAGAAAUACAGAUAAACAGCACACAUUGUGUGCCAACAACAACAACACUCCCCGUCACCUUCAAUAUGAAGAAUAAAUGAUCAAAUUAAAAAAAGAAUGUUG